GGGUUUUACACUAUAAAUAGGGAAACAGAUGUGUAGCUUAUGACAUAGCGCUUCGCUCUUCUUCUUAACUCAUUUGCUUACUGUGUAAGAGAGAUUGUAAGAAAACAAGCUACUACUCCUUCUUCAAAGAAAACUAUAUUGUAUGGCCACCACUUUACAGAACCGUGGACUUGUGAGCUUGAGGAAGCGAGUUCUGAACCAAUUCAGCUGCGCCAAUUCUGCUAACUCAUCUACCCUCUCUGCCUGUAGGUGCAGGAGGGCGGUACACAUAUCAGUGUAUGACAGGAAUCCAGAGGAAUAUAUUUCAUCGGUACCUGAUGAAAUAGUCGGGGUGAGAUCAGACAAGUACUGGACUCCUCAUCCUCAAACUGGGAUAUUUGGGCCAUCCACACAUCAUAUUAUCUGCGGUGACCCUGGUUGCCUUGUCGACUCUGUCUUGGAACAGAAGGCCUUCUUUCGCGCUCUCGAGGAUCUGGAGAAGCCAACCUACUCUUAAGUUUCACAAAAUAUAUAGUAUGUUCACAGAAUAUAAUAAGUACUAGCUAGUAAUUGGAAAGGUGAAAGGUGUUUGCUGUGUUACUAUGAGUCUUAGUUAGAAGCACGAUAUGGACUACAGAAUAAGACUGUCUCUCACCUCUGUGCUGCUUUUAAAUGUUCAUAUGGUGUAAUAGAAAGUCUUUUCCUAUUAUUAUCAAGUGCUUUUAAAUGAUAAUAAGCAGUGCUUUUAAAAGCUUUUAA